GCGGGUUCCCGGUCGCUGAUAAGUGAAGGCUCCACGCCGGGACAGGGCUCAGAGCGCGCGGGGCGGGCGGCAGCGCAGCGCAGCGGAGCCGGGCACGGCGCGGCGCAGCACGGCCGGCGGCGGCGGCUCCGCCGAGGGGAGCGAGCGAGCGAGCGGCGAGAGAGCUCCUGCGCGGCGGCUCCCGCGGCCGGGAAGUACUUGUGGCAACUUGUGGCGGCGGCGCGUCCCGUCCCGUCCCGGCGGCGGAGGGCGGCGAGGCGUCCCGCGGCACUGCCCCGGCCUCCCCAGCCCCGCGGGGCCAGGCGGGCCCCCUGCGCGGCGGCAGCAACAGCGGCAGGAGGAGGCACCAGCCCGCCCGCGCCCCGGCGAGAAGCGGCGGCGAGCCGGGCUGCGCCCGCUGCGGCCGGGCCGCGGAGCCCGAGGCGGCUGCGCUCACGCCGACUUCCUCUGAGCGGGGCGCGAGCGGCGGCCGAGCAGCUUCUCUCCGCCGACCGCGACUCGGGUACAACUCCGCGGACUGUGUUCUAUGACUGCAAAGAUGGAACCUACUUUCUACGAGGAUGCCCUAAACGCCACCUUCGUGCCGCCGGAAAGCGGCGGGUAUGGAUAUAAUAACCCCAAAGUGCUGAAGCAGAACAUGACUCUGAACCUGUCCGAUCCUUCCAGCAACCUCAAGCCUCACCUGAGGAACAAGAAUGCCGAUAUCCUCACCUCCCCCGAUGUCGGGCUCCUCAAACUGGCGUCACCCGAACUGGAAAGGCUCAUCAUCCAGUCCAGCAACGGGUUAAUCACCACCACUCCGACCCCGACGCAGUUCCUCUGCCCCAAAAACGUUACUGACGAGCAAGAGGGCUUCGCUGAAGGCUUUGUGAGAGCCCUAGCCGAACUGCACAACCAGAACACCUUGCCCAGCGUUACCUCUGCUGCUCAACCUGUUAACAGUGGCAUGGCACCUGUGUCUUCUAUGGCUGGCAACAGUAGUUUCAAUACUAACUUGCACAGUGAGCCUCCGGUGUACGCCAAUCUCAGCAACUUCAACCCCAACGCACUCAACUCCGCGCCUAACUACAAUGCGAACAGCAUGGGCUACGCACCCCAACACCACAUAAACCCCCAGAUGCCAGUGCAGCACCCCAGGCUUCAGGCUUUGAAAGAAGAACCUCAGACUGUACCUGAAAUGCCAGGGGAAACACCUCCCCUGUCCCCUAUUGACAUGGAGUCACAGGAGAGAAUCAAAGCUGAGAGAAAACGCAUGAGAAACAGAAUUGCAGCAUCCAAAUGCCGGAAAAGGAAGUUGGAAAGGAUUGCCAGGUUGGAAGAAAAAGUGAAAACUUUGAAAGCCCAGAACUCAGAGCUGGCAUCCACUGCCAACAUGCUCAGAGAACAGGUUGCACAGCUAAAGCAGAAGGUCAUGAACCAUGUCAACAGCGGGUGCCAGCUAAUGCUAACACAACAGUUGCAAACUUUUUGAAGAGACUGACUUGAAUAAGAACUAUGAUACCAUGGUAGAACUAAACAGAAAACCCAAAGUGGCAGAUACAUAAAGCUAAUGGUAAAAGCUGAAAGGUUGAGUCCUGCCUGUGCUCUGCAAAGCGCAUGUGUGGAAAGACUGGCAAGCCUUCAGCUUGAGUUAGUAGUGAAGCAGUCAGCACCGCUCCAAGAAGUGCUGUUCCUGCUCAGAUGAGACGUCAGAUCUUCGUUUAACAUUGACCAAGACCUGCAUGGACCUAACAUUCGAUGAUCAUUCAGUAUUAAAGGUUAAACUGCAAUAGAAACUGUAGAUUGCUUUCUGUAGUAUUCCUUAAGAAAAAAAAAAAACAAAAAAGUGGGAGGGAGGUUUGUGGGAGGCUGAUCAACAGCAACAACAAAAACCUAUUCUGCCUGCCUUCAAGUAAAUUGUGUAUGUACAUAUCUUUUUUUAUUUUAUUUUAUGAAAGUUGAUUAAUGUCAAUAAACUACAUGACUUUGUAAGUUAUUUUUAUGUUGUUUAUUUGGGCACUGCCCAGUAUUGUUUGUAAAUAAGAGGCUUUUUUUUCUUCCUUUUUUUUAGCACUCUGAGUUUACUGUUUGUAAUAAAGUAUAAUUUUUUUAA